CUCAUUCUCAGUUUUUGAAUUAUUUUUUUAAUAAUAAAAAAAGAAAAUGGAUGAUAACAUAGCUAGGAUUGUUGAUAUAGCUGUAGAUUUAGCGGAACCUUUACUGGAUUUAGCUGAGUUAUUUCCUGCUGAACGACCGGAAAUAACUCGAAAUGAAAAUUAUUAUGAGGUAACAAUUCCCAACUACAGUGAUACUCAGUUUCAAGAGCAUUUCCGCAUGUCAAGAGAAACGUUUGAGGUUUUGUUACAAAGAGUACAACAGUUUGUUGAAGUUACUCGAAUACCUCUUAGAAAAAAAUUAUUGUUUACCUUAUGGACUAUUAGUAAACAAAACAGUUUUCUGGAAGCAGGUGAUCGAUUUGGUUUUGCAAAAAGCUCAGGACAUGGCAUUUUUAUUGAAAUGAUUAGAGUGCUUGGUCAAAUGUGCCAGACAUAUAUUAAUUGGCCAAAUUUAGAAGCACAAAUGCACAUAGCUAAUGUGUUUCAGCGUCGCUCUCAUGGCAUUCCAGGUAUAGUAGGAGCAAUUGAUGGAUGUCACAUACAAAUAAAACAGCCAGAAGGAAAUGCCUUUGACUAUUACAAUAGAAAAGGUAUGCAUUCAGUCAUCUUGCAAGGUAAAUAUUCUAGGUAUAUAUAGUGAACUGCACCAUAUAAUAAACAUUUAUUGUC